GAAUCAGUAGUUUCCUGGCUAAGCUAGAGAAUCGCUUGGACUGUGAAGAUGUUGGAAGAAGAUAUGGAGGUGGCCAUCAAGGUGGUGGUAGUAGGAAAUGGAGCUGUUGGGAAGUCCAGUAUGAUUCAGCGAUAUUGCAAGGGGAUUUUUACAAAAGACUACAAGAAAACAAUUGGUGUAGAUUUCCUGGAAAGACAAAUUCAAGUUAACGACGAGGACGUCAGGCUGAUGUUGUGGGACACGGCGGGCCAAGAGGAAUUCGAUGCGAUAACUAAGGCCUACUACAGAGGAGCCCAGGCUUGUGUUCUUGUGUUUUCUACAACUGACAGAGAGUCUUUCAAAGCCAUCCCUACCUGGAAGGAAAAGGUUGUAAGUGAAGUUGGAGACAUUCCCACGGUUCUUGUGCAGAAUAAGAUCGAUCUUCUUGAUGACUCUUGUAUAAAGAACGAAGAGGCAGAAGCACUGGCCAAAAAGCUAAAAUUAAGGUUCUACCGAGCAUCCGUGAAGGAAGACCUCAACGUGACGGAAGUUUUUAAGUAUUUGGCUGAUAAGUAUCUUCAAAGGCUCAAGCAACAAACAGCUGAAGACCCAGAAGUCGUUCAUAAAAGCAGUAACAAGAUAGGUGUUUUUAAUACAGCUGGUGGAAGCCACUCCAACCAAAAUUCUAGCACUCUUAAUGGUGGCGAUGUCAUCAACCUUAGACCAAACAAACAGAGGACCAAGAAAAACAGAAUCCCUUUUAGCAACUGCAGCAUACCUUAGACCACCUUUGGAGGAAGAAAACCCAACCCAGUGAAUUGGAUGAAGUUGUUCGAUUGAGUACAGAAUAAAGCCAGCUGUAGAGGUAUUUUUACCAGUGCUUUAGCAAAUCGUGUGCCUAUGGGAUCCUUGAUAGAGGUGGGUUUAUGUAAACUUGGCUGAUGCCGAGGGUUUUGGUGUGUGGAGUGAGACACCUGGUGGCAAAACACAGAAGCGUGGCUGCCCCGUCGUGCACUUUGUAAAA